AUGACGAACAAGCUGAAGAGAUGGGGGAGACCCAAGCAACUCGACAACAUCAAACUGAGUCGCAUGCAGGGAUUCCGCAUGCAGAGGGAAAUGGUUACAUAUGCUGACGUGGAGAAGCAGAUGUUGGCAAUGAAAGGAAAGCCAGCUCAGGAUCAUCAGAAGAUGGCUGUUAUGUACUUCUUAGCCAGCAUCCUCGUCGGAGGCCGAAAGAGUGGAGAGGGAGCAACACCUGUGGACAGUUUCUUACUGACUGGUGUUGAUGACCUUGAUGUGUGCUUAACGUUCCCUUGGGGACGGUAUGCAUUCGAACAAAACUUGGAGGAUGUAUCUAGCUUCUUGGAGAAGUGCAAGGGGGUUGUGCCGACGAGUUGGUUGUUGGCCUUUGAGGCAAUUCCAAGCGUGAGGAAGCAUUUCCGAGAAACUGUGAAAACUGCACACGCUGAUUGUCCGUGGAUGUGCAAGAUGCAGUACAAAUGCAUAGGUGGAACGAAGCCACAGGAUAUUGAGAGUAUAUUAGUAGCAACAGCAGCUGAGAAGGAAAUUCUGGAAAGAAUGGGGAUGGACAAGGAAAUUUGUUGGGCCGAUGACGACGAUGAUGCAGCAGUUGAUGCUCCGGUUGAAGGUCCCACCAUUCCUGCUAUUGGAGAAUCUGCUGAGGCUGAUGCAGAUUCGGUGGAGGCUCCUGAUGUUGACGCUUUAAAAGAGCUCGAAGGUCGGCUUAUGAAUGCAAUCCGAGAUGGUUUGAAGGAAGUGAACAAAAAAUUUGAAUCAUUGGGUAACCAACUAACUCUUCUAGAAAAAGAAGUGAUGAGCCUUGCGAUGAGUGUUCCCGAUGCUGCUGGUGUUCUAGAUAUUGCUAAGCAAAUGCAGAGUGAACAUGGUGAGGGUAAUGAUGAGGAAGAUGGUAGUUUGUAA